AUGGAAGGUUCUGUCUUCUCGCUUCUCGCUUUUCCAACAGAUCGACCCAAAGGAGCAUUCGAACCUGUCCAUCCUGACCGCCCAAAGCUCUUAUUCAUGGGACCUAGAAGUGGUGGCAAAUCGUCUAUACGCGAGGUCGUAUUCCACAAGCUUCAACCUGAUCAGACCCUCCAUCUUGAGACCACCCGAAGAAUCACUCAAGACGACAUAAAGUCUGUCACCUCAUUUAUAGAUUUCGAAAUUUGGGAUCUUCCUGGUCCUCUGGAGUCUGAUGAAUUCGCAAUGCCAUUUGCACAAGUGGGUGCGGUGAUCUUUGUAAUCGAUGCCCAAUCAAGCUAUCUGACUAUUAUCCCACAACUUGCCAUGACCUUGAUCAAAGCAUACGAAAUCAAUCCCUCCUUACACUUCGAGAUCUUUAUGCACAAAAUCGAUGCUGUCACUCAGGAUUAUCGUAACGAAAUUAUCGAGCAAUUUAAGGACCGUCUAACGGAUGAACUUUCGGAUCGAGAGCUUUCUAUUUACGCUACCACUGCUAUCGCCAUUGAACUCGGUCAGCGGAUUACCUACAAACUUACCACCGUCUUCGAUUACUCGAUAUAUGAUGCUCUUAGCCGGGUAAUUAUGAAGAUCAUCCCUCAACAGGCGGCCCUUGAACAGCUCAUGAAUGUUCUUGCCCAACAAAGUGGAGUCGAAAAUUGCAUCCUAUUUGACACUUGGACAAAGCUUUACAUUGCAACUGAUUCCUCACCAACGGAA